AUGGAGAGCAAUGACACUAAAACAUGGUGGAAUCAAUGCAUGAAUGUUUUCUCAAAGUCUACACGUGAAGAUGAUGGUGAUGAUGAAGUAGCUCUAAAGUGUGUUGCAAUAGAUAGAAUUCUUUCAAGUGCAUGUUUUAUGAGAAAUGGUGAGACCAAAGAAGAAGGAAAAGAUGUUGACAGCAUCAUGAAACUUGAGUUGGCAGAAAAAAGAGCUUUGUUAGAGAGACUUGUGAAGAUUGCGGAAGAAGAUAAUGAAAAGUUCUUGUUGAAACUCAAGGAAAGAAUGGAUAGAGUUGGACUUGAACUUCCAACAAUUGAAGUUAGAUUUGAGGAUAUAAAUGUGGAAGCACAAGUUUAUGUUGGAAGUAGAGCAUUACCUACAUUACUUAACUUCUUUGUGAAUGUGCUAGAGGGGUGCUUAAACAAUCUUCAUAUAAUUCCAAGUCCAAAAAAACAGUUACAUAUUCUUCAGAAUGUUAGUGGAAUCAUAAAACCUAGAAGGAUGACAUUGCUUUUAGGGCCACCUGGUUCUGGAAAGACCACUUUGCUGCUGGCAUUGGCUGGAAGACUUGGAAAAGAUUUGAAGCAAUCUGGGAGAGUAACAUAUAAUGGAAAAGGACUAGAAGAGUUUGUUCCGCAAAGAAUAUCGGCUUAUGUAAGUCAAUAUGAUAAUCACAUCGGCGAAAUGACUGUUAGAGAAACCCUAGCUUUCUCAGCAAGGUGUCAAGGGGUUGGACACAAUUACGAAAUGUUGAUGGAACUACUGAGAAGAGAGAAGGAAUCGAAGAUCGAACCAGAUUCUGAUAUUGAUGCCUAUAUGAAGGAAGCAGCAAUAGAAGGCCACCAGAAUAGCGUCGUCAUUGAUUACGUUCUUAAGAUUUUAGGACUUGAAGUUUGUGCCGACGUAAUGGUGGGAGACCAAAUGAUAAGAGGUAUAUCAGGAGGCGAGAAAAAACGACUCACUACAGGUGAGAUGCUGGUUGGACCUAUAAAGGUGUUGUUCAUGGAUGAGAUAUCAAAUGGUUUGGACAGUUCAACCACUUUUCGAAUAAUCAGCUCGAUCAGACAAUCGAUCCAUAUUCUAAAUGGAACUGCGCUUGUUUCUCUUCUACAGCCAGCGCCAGAAACCUAUGAACUAUUCGACGAUAUUGUACUUCUCACAGAUGGACAAAUUGUUUAUCAAGGACCAAGAGAAAACGUACUCGAGUUUUUUGAAUCAAUCGGUUUCAAGUGUCCUGAAAGAAAAGGCGUCGCUGAUUUCUUACAAGAAGUAACAUCAAGAAAAGACCAAUGGCAAUAUUGGGCGCGUAAAGACGAACCUUACAACUUUGUCACUGUCAAGGAUUUUGUUCAAGCCUUCGAAUCAUUUCACAUCGGUCAAAAACUUGGACAAGAUCUGGCCGAUCCAUUUGACAAGUCGAAGUUUCACUCAAAUGUCUUGAUCACAAAGAAAUAUGGUAUUAACAAGAAGGAGCUCCUAAAGGCUUGUGCUAGCAGAGAAUUUUUGCUUAUGAAGCGAAAUUCGUUUGUCUACAUAUUCAAAGCCACCCAACUUACUUAUCUAGCUACCUUGACGACCACGUUGUUUCUACGAAUCAAGAUGAAGCACUCUACCAUUGAGGACGCGGAAAUUUACAUGGGAGCACUAUUCUUCACAGUGACAGUAGCAAUGUUCAAUGGAAUAUCAGAGCUGAAUAUGACAAUCAUGAAGCUUCCUAUCUUUUACAAGCAAAGAGAUCUUCUUUUCUAUCCUUCUUGGGCUUAUUCUCUUCCACCAUGGAUCCUCAAAAUACCAAUAACUCUCAUAGAAGUUGCCAUUUGGGAAUGCAUAUCUUACUAUGCCAUUGGAUAUGAGCCAAACAUUGGAAGGUUUUUUAAGCAGUACUUGGUAAUCCUAUGCAUUAACCAGAUGGCAUCUGCGCUGUUUCGGUGUAUGGCAGCAUUAGGAAGGGAUAUCGUAGUGGGAAACACAUUCGGAACAUUUUCACUACUCGCAGUUACUGUUUUGGGAGGUUUUGUUAUUUCAAGAGAGGAUGUGCACGAUUGGUUUCUUUGGGGAUAUUGGUCGUCGCCAUUGAUGUAUGGACAGAAUGCUAUAGCUGUGAAUGAGUUUCUUGGACAUAGUUGGAGAAAGGUUAUUCCUAGUUCGAACGAAACAUUAGGAGUAUUGAUACUAAAAUCUCGCGGAUUUUUCCCACAAGCUUAUUGGUAUUGGAUUGGAGUUGGAGCUUUGAUGGGUUAUGUUUUGCUAUUUAACUUUUUCUUCGCCUUGGCUUUGCAUUAUCUCAGUCCAUUCAGAAAGGAUCAAGCAGGUUUGUCCCAAGAGAAAUUGCAAGAGAGAAAUGCUUCAACAGCUGAUUUUGAUGAUAAAUCCGAUACAAAGAUGGACGAAGCAGUUGGCGAAAACAAAGCUAGCAGUAUAGGAAGGAAAGGAAUGGUUCUUCCUUUUGAACCUCUAUCCCUCACUUUUGAUGAUAUCAGAUAUUCUGUUGACAUGCCACAGGAAAUGAAAAACCAAGGAGUUUGCGAGGAUCGUCUCGAGCUUUUGAAGGGUAUCAGUGGUGCAUUUAGGCCUGGAGUACUAACAGCUUUAAUGGGCGUAAGUGGUGCGGGAAAGACUACUCUAAUGGAUGUUUUAGCUGGGAGAAAAACUAGUGGUUACAUUGAAGGAAGCAUCACAAUCUCUGGCUAUCCAAAGAACCAAAUGACAUUCGCACGCAUAUCAGGAUAUUGCGAACAAUUCGAUAUCCAUUCACCCAAUGUUACGGUUUAUGAAUCUUUGCUAUAUUCUGCAUGGCUUCGUUUAUCGCCUGAAGUCGAUCAUGCAACUAGAAAGAUGUUUAUUGAGGAAGUUAUGGAGCUAGUAGAACUUAACUCAUUAAGAGAAGCACUUGUUGGAUAUCCUGGCGAGAACGGACUUUCAACCGAACAACGUAAGAGACUUACAAUUGCGGUUGAACUUGUCGCAAAUCCAUCAAUAAUAUUCAUGGAUGAGCCGACCUCUGGCCUUGAUGCUAGAGCAGCUGCUAUAGUAAUGAGAACAGUAAGGAACACCGUGGACACAGGACGUACCGUGGUUUGCACGAUCCAUCAGCCGAGUAUCGACAUUUUCGACGCGUUUGAUGAGCUUCUACUUCUGAAAUCGGGUGGCGAGCAGAUAUAUGCUGGUCCAAUAGGCGUCCAAUGUUUCGAUCUAAUCGAGUACUUCGAGGCUAUUCAAGGAGUUCCUAAGAUCAAAGAUGGUUAUAAUCCUGCAACAUGGAUGUUGGAAGUUACAUCAGCAGGAUCAGAAGCAAAUCUUAAACUCAACUUCACUGAUGUGUACAAUAACUCAGAACUACACAGGAGAAAUAAACAGUUGAUUCAGCAGCUUGGUGCUCCUUCUCAAGAUUCAGAAGAUCUACACUUUGAUGCUCAAUAUUCACAAACUUUUAUGGCACAAUGUAUAGCUUGUCUAUGGAAGCAACAUUUAUCAUAUUGGCGGAACACAUCGUAUACGGCUGUUAGACUCUUAUUUACUAUCAUGGCAGGUUUAUUAUUUGGCCUAGUUUUUUGGGAUGUUGGCUUGAAAAGGACAAAGGAGCAAGAUCUAUUCAAUGCAAUAGGAUCAAUGUAUGCUGCUGUUACCUUCAUAGGGGUUGUAAAUGGUGCCUCGGUGCAACCAAUAGUAGCGAUCGAGAGAACAGUUUUCUAUCGAGAAAGAGCUGCUGGAAUGUAUUCGGCUUUGCCAUAUGCUCUUGCUCAGGUUAUUAUAGAACUUCCCCACAUUUUGGUUCAGGCUGUUGUAUAUGGGAUCAUAGUAUAUGCCAUGAUGGGAUUUGAGUGGACAACCUCAAAAGUUUUGUGGAAUCUCUUCUUCACUUACUUUAGCUUCUUAUUCUAUACCUACUAUGGUAUGAUGACAAUGGCCAUAACUCCAAAUCCACAUGUUGCUGGCAUAUUGUCCACUUCAUUCUAUGCAAUAUGGUGCCUUUUCUCAGGCUUCAUCAUUCCCUUAUCUAGAAUACCGAUAUGGUGGAAAUGGUACUAUUGGAUGUGUCCUGUUGCAUGGACCUUAUAUGGAUUGGUGGUUUCUCAAUAUGGAGACAACAUGGAUAGUACACUUGAUAAUGGUAAAAGUGUUGAAGAAUUUAUAAGGAUUUACUUUGGUUUUGAACAUGAUCAUCUAGGAAUGGUUGCAAUUGUUGUGGCUAGUUUCACAGUGUUGUUUGCACUCACUUUCACCUUUGGUAUCAAAGCAUUCAACUUCCAAAAAAGAUGA